GGCCGAUAAUCGUUGACCCCUCCAUUAUUAAUCGCCGAUAUGAACGGAAGUCCGAUGGAAUUAAUCGAUCGAGAAUGUCGCUUCUGCUUCUCUCUGGCCCCCUCCGCCUCCCCUCCCAGUCUCCGUACGACAUUCAAUCAUGGGUGACUCGAUCUACGCCAAUUACCCUCCUCUCUUGGACUCCGCCCAGAGGGAGUUCUUGGUAACCACCAUUAAGGACUGGACCACGCAGAAUGGCCUCAUGGUUCGCCCGGCGCCCACUUUCGUAUCGAAGGAGGUCAAUCCCCAUGGAGUUCUUGCGACCAAUGCUCCUGUCACCCUAUUCCCAAGUCCCUUCCCCAGAGCUUGCUUCGACGAGGCUAGGGCCUUGCAGACCGUUUACAACCACCUCUAUGCCAUGAUAACGUGUAACGAGGAGUGGCUGGGCAAGAUCAUGGAAGAGUAAGAGACCAUUCCGAAACUACGUCGUUUGUUUUUAUUGUGUGGCUUAGCUAGAACGAGUCAUAGCGAGAGUGCCGAGAUGUCAUGACUAAACACUUCUUUUGACCUGUAGUCUUAUUGAUGUGGACGACUUUGUUUCGCAUUUGUGGAAGACGCAUCUGGCAGUCAAGAAGGAGGGGUAUGUUCAAACGUUGUCGCUCGGCCUUUUCCGCUCGGAUUACAUGGCGCAUACUCCGUCCAGCUCGGUUGCACCCUCCUUGAAGCAGGUGGAGUUCAACACCAUUUCGGCCUCCUUUGGUGGUUUAUCGUCUCUCGUGACCCAGCUGCACACCGAGCUCUUGGAUUCCCCUCCGGGUUACCCAAUCGCAUACCCGUCUCACAGAUUGUUGAAGUCCAAUAAGCCCCCUGAGAAUACGGCGGUCGAGACGCUCUCUGCGGGAUUGGCAGCUGCACAUGCCGCCUACGGGGCGUCCAAAUGCAGGCCGGCUCUCCCGACUUGCAUUCUAUUUGUGGUCCAGGAGGGCGAGAGGAAUACAUUCGAUCAAUUGGCACUUCUGAGACGGAUCACCAAAUACCACAAAAUCCCGGUGUUCCGUCUGCUGAGUUCGGAAAUUCUGGACCACACGACCAUCCCUAGCUCCAACCCCUCGCGCCCUCUGAUCUAUCGCCCCCCUCACGCGUCGAGCCAUUUCGAAGUCACAACGGUAUAUCUCCGAUGCUUCUACGCUCCAAGUGAUUAUACAAGCGAGCGGGAUUGGGACGCUCGCCUUCAGUUGGAACGGUCUGCUGCGAUCAAGUGCCCCACCGUCUUGAAUCAGUUGUCGGGUUGUAAGAUUGUUCAGCAGGUACUUGCGGAGACCACCGGACCCGACCAUCUGGCAAGCUUCCUCGCCGAAGUGGAUCAGUCCGUCAUCGCAAGACUACGGGCGACUUUUGCUCCUCAGUAUGACCUUUCUUCUACGGGGCGUGGUCGGGACCUUGCCCUCAACCCUGAGACGGCCGCCAACCACGUUCUCAAGCCGCAGCGCGAAGGCGGCGGCAAUAAUGUCUACAAGACUGCUAUCCCUGAAUUCUUGCGUUCGAUCCCCGAGACUGACUGGAAGCGCUGGAUUCUGAUGGAGCUGAUCCAUCCCCCCGCCGAGGCCAAGAAUGUGGCCCUGCGAAGCGAUGGAGAGGUGAUCCGUGGCGACGUCAUUGGGGAGUUGGGCGUUUACGGAACCAUCCUGUGGGAUCAGGCCCGGGGCACCGUCCUCCACAACGAGCAAGGCGGGUGGCUCAUGCGAACCAAGGCCAAGGACGUCAACGAGGGAGGUGUUGCCACGGGAUUCUCCAGUUUAGACAGUAUUUUGCUUUUCUAGAUUGCCAUCAUAGUAGAAUGAUCUCUUUAGUCUUAGUACGCGAGCCUACGAGUGAAAACUGACGACGAAUAAUCAAUAUUAAUUUGAAUCAAAUUGUUACUUGG